AUGGGUAGGCACGAUGUUGUUCUCUCCGAGGAUACUUCUACCAUCGACCUUAGUACGGCUGAAAACUGGGCGGCCAAAAUGUUACUGCUGCAAUCUAUCAAUGGGGCAUAUAGCGAACUAUCCGAACAUAACUUGGCCUAUCCAUCCAGCAUUGGUGGCUGUCCAACUACUCGAGAGCGCAUCGCAGACUUGCUUAAUCGCCACUUCAAGCCCUCAAUUACUGUCAAAAGCUCUCACAUUGUCUUGACAGCCGGAGCCAGCUUCGCCUUGACGGCACUUGUGGAGCAGAUCUGUAAUCCGGGGGAUGGGAUCUUAAUUGCUGCGCCAUACUGGGCCGGUCUUGAUAUUUCGAUCAGCACUCACUGCCAUGCCACAAUUGUGCCUGUCCAUGUGCCCUUAAAUGAUUUUUUCAGCAAAAGCAGUAUUCAGAGUUACCAAGAAGAGAUCAACAAUUCUAAAAUCCCUAUCAAGGCCAUUCUAGUCUGCAAUCCACACAACCCAUUGGGUCAGUGCUACCCCCGGGAGACUUUGCGGGCUUUGCUCGAACUCUGUGAGCGUCAUAAGUUGCACUAUAUUUCAGAUGAAGUAUAUGCUCUUUCUGCACAUCAGCCAUUUGCGGUAGAUUUUCAACCAUUUGUUUCGGCACUUCAACUCGGUAAAGAUGGUCUGAAAGAUCAGAUUCAUGUUGUAUACAGUUUGAGCAAGGACUUUGGCUGCAACGGAAUCCGCGUCGGUGCGCUUAUCACUCAAUUCAAUGAUGCUGUGCGCCUGAGUACCGCUCUGAGCGUUUACAAUCAAGUAUCUACAUUGUCAACUGUGUUGGCAUCGAAAUUGAUUCUGAAGCCUGCCACCGUUGAGAAAAUCGCAAAGCAUGGGGGUGAACAGCUCAUUGAAGCAUACAAGUCCGUAAAGUCUUUCCUAGAGAAAGAAAAGACCCAGUAUGUACCAGUAACUCAUGGUAUGUUCGUGUUUGCUAGACUUGGAAGGGUCAAUGAUUUCGAUGAGGAAGAGAGGCUAUUGAAAUGUUUCAAAUGCAGAGGAUUAUCUGUUUCAUCAGGAUCGGGCUAUCAUUUUCAAGAGGCUGGGUGGUUUCGUAUCUGUUACGGAGUUCCUGAUGAGCAGCUACAAGAGGGUCUCAGGAGGAUUGGUCUUGGUAUUCAGGAUUUCCAAGCUGGUAAGUGA